AUGGAACCUAAUAUCGGAGAUCUCUUUCUCGACGAUUCUUGGGCGUUUUUCUUCGGACCGGUCCCAGAACAGAUUUCGUCUCGGUCGUCUCCAUUGCCUGAGGGGCUAGAUGACCUCGAAGAAAAACAGCUAGCAGCAGAAAGGAUGAUCGACUGCUUGUCAAAAGUGAAUUCCUCAAUUACUCGAAAUAAGUAUGUCUUUGAUCGCGACAGCGAACAGGCAUUCUUCAACCAAGAGAACGUAGGCGAGUUCAUCCAAGCUUAUUUCGAGAAGACGGUUCGUCCUCGAUCUCGCAUUGCCUUGAAAUCAUCAUUCAACCUCGGAUCUACAUCGACUCCCCUCCUUCUGCCACUCUUCCUCUUAGGCGCCAUUUGCAGUACCCACGAACAAGCAAAAGCCCAGGCAGUAACAUAUGUUGAUCUUGCAGAAAUCGCCGUUUUCGAGACUCCGACUUUCCUUCAACUUGUGUAUAAUCAAAACAAUCUAGACAGCAGUACAUUAACAAAGGAUGAUAUCGAAAUAAUCCAGGCAGCGAUCCUGGUAAUCCUCAUUCAAUUAGCCAGUCCAAAACAAGAGGCUCGACGUCGCGUACGGAUUCAAAGAUAUCCUGCAUUGGUUUCUAUUGCUCGAGCGACAUCAUUGACAAAGGUCAAGAAUACAUGGCAUGAUUCUAGCAGGCCAUUAAAUUACGAGGCUUUCUUGAGGAAUGAGACAUGUAUCAGGUCUGUAAAUCUGCUCUAUAUUGACUAUGCUGGAUAG